AGAUGACAUUAGUGUCUGUUUAUUCUCUUAUACAAAGAUUAAUACUAAUACAGUGUACAUGUUAUGCAGAUAAAAAGUAGCAGUGAUGCAGCAGAGCAGUACUCGUUAUCUCCUCUUCUUUCAGUAUCUCGGAUCUAAAUACAGUGGAGUUAUGAAGGCUCCAGCUCACCAGCCGCUGCUGGGAGUUCAGAAUCACCUGGAGAAUGCAGUGAGGAGAUUAAAGCCUGUAAAUGAGGUACUGGUGUCUAUUUCCAGUCGAACAGACACUGGUGUGCACGCGCUCUGUAACUCUGCACAUGUGGACAUCCAGCGGAGGGGAGAUAAACCGCCCUUCACGGAACAAGUCCUCACGGAUGCACUGAACUUCCUGUUAAAGCCAGAACCCAUCAGAAUCACCAGAGCGUAUCGUGUACGGAGUGACUUUCAUGCUAGAUAUCGCGCCUUAUCGAGAACCUACGUCUACCGCCUGACCACGGGAAUUCGCCAUCCCUCGGAACUGCCCGUCACUGAGAAGGAUCUCUGCUGGACAUUAGGAGACAUGGAGCUGGACAUCAGUGCCAUGAAGAAGGCAGCUGCUGUGUUGAUGGGGACGCACGACUUUAGCACCUUUCGUGCUCUCAGCUCAGACGCCCCCUUCAAAAACCCUGUGAAGACCAUGGAGGUUGUACAGAUGCAGCCGGGGCUCUCUUUCAGCCAGCGCCACUUCCACAGAGAUGUCCAGUUUUGGGAACUUACCUUCCAAAGUAGAUCCUUUUUAUACAAACAAGUGCGGAGGAUGGUCGGCGCGUUGGUUGCUGUUGGUCGGGGUAAACUGUCUGUAGCUCAGAUCCAGGUGCUGUUAGAUGCCCGGGACUCCACAGCUUACCCACAAAACAUUGCAGCACCCGCCUGUGGCCUUUUCCUGAUCAAUGUGGAAUAUGAUUCUUCAGAUCUGAUGCCUUAACACCAGGACUGUGUGUCAUCAUAGGGUCCAAGCAACCUGUGUAAAUGUCUGUGUAUACAAUAAUUAUCAUUUUUAUUAUUGCUGUAUUUUUAAAUAUGGAUAAAUAGGAACUUUCAAAUAAAUGGUGCUAUUUGAUUAGAA